AUGGCCAUUGUUCCUGUGAUCGGAAACAUGAAUUGUGCCAAAGUCAUAAUGGACAUAGGCCUCUUAGAAAUGAACUACGAUACUCAAAUGUGCACUGGACUUCUCGACGGGAAGAUUUCCGCCUGUUCGUAUAUGUCGUAUAAAUUAGUGAUAUUGGUGUCACUAGUCAGCAUCAUAUUUUCGGACUUGAUCCGCGUAGAAGCGAUUAGUGACACAAUUUCUGGUCAAUUUCCUUACGUGGCCUCCAUGCAAUGGGGCAUGCCACCUUUCAUUCGACUAAAGCACAUUUGUGCGGGAACGAUCAUCAAACCAGAUUGGAUCUUAACGCUCGGAAGCUGCGUCACCAGCUCGCCAAAUUUCGGGAGAACCGUAAUCAAGGUCGGCAUCUAUGACAUUUUGCAUAGCGAUGAGCAUACACAAACAAUCGACGUUGAAAACUUCAUCAUCCAUGAAGAUUAUGCGGGCGGCAUAGCACCGAAUGAUAUCGCUCUUCUCAAGCUGAAGAACCGGAUAAUCUAUAACGAGCGUGUAAGUCCUAUCGAUUUCCCAGUACAGAGCAACGUAUCAAUUGAAACUGCUGUACUUAUUGGCUGGGGUUCGGCCUGUAACAAGUUUCAUCCAAAGUUACGACAGAAAUUACAGACAUCCACGGUAUCCAUAAUUACAAAUGAAAAAUGCCAGACAUAUUGUCGGGAGAUUAAGGAUGGAAGCUUCAUUUACGACAUCCAACUCUGUACAAUAGAACAAAAAAUUCUAUCCACUAGCCCGGGCGACAAUGGCAGUCCACUAGUCCAAAAUGUGAUGGGUAAAUCCGUACUGAUUGGCAUUGAAUCCUGGAAUUUGACACCUUGCGGUUCGGCAAUUCCUUCACCGACCGUUUACACGCGGGUCACUUCCUUUCUCAACUGGAUCAAUUCAAAAAUCAGUGUUUGAUUUCACACAGUUUAUUAUUUACCUAUAGUUUAUUUAACUCAAAACGUCAUUCGAUAAACUAGAUAGUGCAAGAAUCUUUACCGAAAUGAAAUUACGAAGGCUUUCAGUGUU